AAUACAAACCCCUCUCAGAAACAUAUAUUAUAAGGAUGAGCCGAAACACAUUAUUUCGGGCUGCUUCAACCGGUGAUACUCAUGCCAGAGAAGAAUUAGAGAAGUUCACAGGAAUUGUAGAUGAGGAAAAUCACUGGACUAUCCUUCACAAGGAAUCCUGGGAAGGCGAUGCAAGUCAUGUUAAAUUCCUAGUAAAGGAGUUUGCAAACAAAAAUUUAUUAGUCAAGGUGGAUACAUCAGGACAAACUGCACUUCACUUAGCAGCACAACGUGGACACGUCGAGGUCGUUGAGGCCCUUAUCGAAGCAGCCCGGAGCUUGCCUUAUAAACCGGUUAGUGCUUUCUCAGCUUUGGUGAGGCAUGCUAACGAUUGGAGGAGCAGUAGUGCUGGAAUUUCCUCAGCUAAUAAUGAAGAUUUACAAUGUAAACCGGUGAGUGCCGAGUUCUUAGCAUUUGUGAGGCAUGCUAAUAAUUGGAAGAACACUGCCUUACACCGAGCCGUGCAAUUUGGUCAUCUGGGAAUUGUUAUUCGGUUAGUCCAGGCAGACCCAAGUGAUAGACAUAUUCAAAACUCUAUUGGCCAAACUCCACUCUUUCUUGCGGCUAAAUUGGGGAAACAUGAUAUGGUCAAGACCAUAUGUUCAUUUUGUAAAGCUCAUCUCUAGACGGUCCGGACGAUACGACUGCUUUGCAUGCCUCUAUUAUGAGUCUUCCUAGAGCAUGGAAACAGAAUUUGCUUGAAGCAAAUAGCAUAGCUAAAGAUGCGUUAAGAAAACUCAUUUACGCAGCCAAACGUUCAACUAGUAAUUCAGAGGAUGCGUCUGAUGAUAAUGAUAGUUUUGAAGCAAUACUUGAUAAAACAUACGACGAAAUGACCAUCUUAGAACUUGCGGUAAGUCAAAAUUAUACGGAAGUGGCUGAGCUGAUAUUAGCUGAACAUCCAGCUUAUAAACGUGAACUUGGAGUCAGUUCAAGUAAUCUCUCAGAUUUAAUCGGCAAAGCCGCUCAUAAUGGGUUCAGGGACAUGGUGAUACUACUAUCUGAGACGUACGAGAUUCUAAACGCCACCGACAAAGGUCAGACUGAAAUCACAAAUGUUGGUCUGCAUGCUUUUCUUGUUGCUAUCAGAGUCCGGAGUCGAGAUUUUGUAGUACGACUCCUGGAAGAAAACCCAUCUGUUGUAACUUACGUCGAUAAGGAUGGGUGGAAGUGGAAACCACUCCAUCAUGCUGUGUUUCAAGAGUUUGAUUCUAUACUUGAAGUGAUAAUAAAAGCCCACAUCAGGAUCAGUGACCACAUAUCGGAAGAUGACCGUAUUAAAGCAUUUCUAAUAGCGGUCUUGGAUGCCAAUACUUCUACACUGAUUCAGCUUAUAAAAUUAUUGCGGGGUGAUGAGCCGUAUCCGGUUGUUAAUAUCCACGGUGAAACUUUACUGCACUUGGCGGUGGCUAAACAUAAGAUAGAGAUGAUACAAUGUAUGUUGAAACAUUGUCCCCUGGAACAUGUUGAUGCCAUGCUGAAUCAGCAAGACGCUGAUGGCAAUACACCCCUCCAUUUACUUAUCUGGUCCGGUUGUUUUGUUCCGGAAGUCAUCAAACACAAGUCAUGCCAAAAGGUGGUCCAAAAUAGGGGUUCUUGGACUCAGGCAGACAUGUUAUAUUUUAGCGACGAUAUCAUUGUUGAUCAGGUACAAAUCAAAGAAGCACUUGAUGAAAUCCAAGAAUCUAAACGAAGUUGGAUUUGGUUUUGGAGAAAACCAGAUAUGCCUUACCAUGAAGUGACCAAAGAAAGAAGGUCCAAAAAAGAUGAGAAAUUUAAGGAAGCCAAGAAAGAAUUGAUUGCACGAAGGCGUGAAAAGAUGAAGGAAGAGGUUCAAGGGUAUAGGUCCAGGACAAACACACAGAUUAUUGUAACUGCCCUGAUAACUACGGUGACUUUUACCGUUGGUUUUACAAUGCCCGGCGGAUACCAUCAGAGUGGAGAACCCGAACAAGGAUUAAUUCUUCUUUCAAAGAGGAAAGCUUUUAAAACAUUCAUGAUAUCAGAUGCCUUAGCUCUGGCACUAUCACUAACUUCUCUCUUCAUCUACUUCAUUUCAUCAAUGAACGAUGAUCCUGUUCGAGUGAGAUGAUUCGAUGUUGCAUCAACAGUGCUGAACAUUAUAUCCAUCGUUGCAAUGAUGUUGACAUUUAUAGCUGGUACAUAUGUCGUAUUGGCCCACUCGCAUAGCCUUGCAGUUACUGUUGCCGUCAUCAGUUUCAUGUUCUUUCUGGCCAUUAUUUUCUUACUGGCUAAUAUGGCAUUAGUUCUUUACAAGGGUAAAAAGCUUAAGGUUUGAGUUAGACCCUUGUUAUGUCCAACUCUGUAGUAUUUUUCAAUUUUCAAUUUCGAGCAAAUAAAUUAGGUAGCUCCGAACCUGAGUCUAAGAUAAGACUUGAGUCAUGACCAUUCAAACCAUUUGAUCAGCUACAAAAACAUUUUGUUAUUGAAAUGCAUUAACCACAUAAAUUAAGACGGUUGUAUUUAUAUUCUCUUUCAAUAUCUUCUUUAUUUGAGAUCAAGUUAUUAUUUCA